UUUCGCCUCGGUCUUUUGAUGCAGGCAGCGUGUGACGACGUUUGAUUCCGGAGCCACUUUGACAGUUCGGAGGCCGUCUGAAGCGAGAUCAGAGGCGCAAGGGGGCACGUAGAAGCAGACGUCCAGCCGGGGGAGAACAUCAGAGGAGACAUUGUGAGUCUCCCCCUGGAAAAGUGACGGAGGCCGUGAAGGCAGCCAUAUCAGCGGGGUACAGGCACAUCGACGGGGCUUUCAUCUACCAGAAUGAGGUGGAGGUUGGCGAGGGAAUCCAGGCCAUGAUCAAGGACGGAGUGGUCAAGCGGGAGGACCUUUUCAUUGUUAGUAAGCUGUGGUGCACCUUCCAUGACAAGGCUAUGGUUCGACAAGCUUGUGAGAAGACCCUGAGCGAUCUCAAACUGGCCUACCUUGACCUCUAUCUCGUGCACUGGCCAAUGGGAUUCAAGGCUGGCAGCGACCUGUUUCCUUCGGAUACCAACGGCCAAAUAAUUCCUGAUAACUCUGACUUCCUGCAGACAUGGGAGGGGAUGGAAGAGCUGGUUGAUGCUGGUCUAGUCAAAGCCAUCGGCAUUUCCAAUUUCAACCGGGAUCAGAUUGAGCGUCUCCUCAACAAGCCAGGCCUCAAAUACAAGCCUGCCAAUAACCAGGUGGAGUCCCACCCGUUCCUGUGUCAGGAAAAGCUGAUCGACUACUGCCACUCAAAGGGUAUCUCCGUGACAGCCUACAGCCCCCUUGGCUCCCCUGACAGACCCUGGGCUACAUCAGAUGACCCUUCGCUUUUGGAGCAUCCUGAUAUCACAGCCAUAGCAGAGAAGUACAAAAAAACUUCUGCUCAGGUCCUGAUCCGCUUCCAAAUCCAGAGAAAUCUGGUUGUGAUUCCAAAAUCGGUCACCCCUCACCGCAUCCAGGACAAUUUCAAGGUGUUUGACUUUCAAGUAAGCGACGAGGAUAUGAAGACCAUAUUGGGAUUCAAUCGUAAUUGGAGAGUCUGUCCGAUUAAAUCGAGCGUGAAGCACAAGGACUACCCUUUCCAUGCUGAAUUCUGAUGCGGAAAAUCUGCAAGUGUGUGCUGCAGUUUGCUAAAAGACGGGCUGCUUUCUUUUCUUUUGCGCACUUGUGGUUUGUUACUGUCCUUGUUAGAGGAAAAACUGUCCGUGCAACCCUGAUUUGAGACAUAUUUACUCAAUUAAUCAUAGUAGCAUCGUAAUGUUGGCAACAAGGUUUACAAAGCAUGAAUACGUUGCACUGUAGUUUCUCCUUACGUGAUACAAGCACUUCCUCUUAUUUCCGAGUCAUAUGUGGCACUUGUGACUAUUGUCAUAUGUGCUGCUUGUGAUUGCGUUGCCUCAUUUGUUUGCGUGUGCGUGCCAAAGCUGCAUGACACAGUGCCUGAAGGGCACCCAGGAUUUGCUGUCCUUGGUCCUCUUAAUGGGCACUAGGGGUCACUAAAGGCCACGGGCAGAACAUUUCUAUGCCUUCCAACAAUUUUCACUGCGGGGUAUAUUACAAUAAAAUAGUUUUAGUAUGUACUGGCUUUUGUCGUAUUUUAUUAUGUGGCAUGUGAAAUGAAGUAAAUGUGCCUUAGUUUUUUUUCCCCCAUCUUGGUUCUCAAUACGGAGUUACUUUUCGCAGUGAAAAGGGUUGUGGGGGAGAGAGAAAAAAACCGACGAGCACAAACAAGUUUCUCAGUUGUUGGAUCCCAUGCAGAAACAUGUUAUGGUCUCCUGAGUUAAUAUUCAGCGUUGAUUGGAUAGCCUUUGUGUUUCGACGCCCUCUCAGGAAAACAAUAGCAACAGUUAACACACACAGGAACACGAUCUGAUUAUGUGCCUCUUUGUCGUCCUCUCCACUUACCAUAAAAUGAGCAGGAGGUUCUUGUCGUCUUCCUUAAGUGCAAAAUCAAACACCUACAGGAGGGAAAAGUGAAAAUUGCUGUAAAAACGUCUUUGACUAAACAAGAACUACAUUUUUUGGCUUCUUGUGUUAUUUUGUAACAUCCUGCGAUAGCUAUCUUUUUCCCUUGCUGCUCUUGUUCAAAAGUUCACUUCCAGUCUCCCAUUCUAAAACUGUUGCCAUCAGCUCCAUGAAUUAUUUGAUGGGAUUCAGAGUUGUUUUCCUGGAGGGAAAUGUCAAAGCAAAACCCCCCCUCAUUGUUUUACACUUGAGGCGUGCCUCCCAUGUUCUCUGACACCUCAUACUGUUAAUCAAUUUGCAUAUUACGAUAAGUUACUUUGGAAUUUAAAACAAAAACAGGGAAACCCCCCACACCUUGUUGGAUGCUGUAAAUAUAAAAGGGCUUUAUUUAUAGGGCUCAAAAUGUGUUUGAUUUGAAACGAGGAAUGUUAUUGCCAAUACCAAUAUUUCAUUUUUACUAUGUGAGUAAAUGUGCACAAUAUUUGUCACAAAUAAUGAAUACAAUAGCGGCAUAUACAAUUCCUGGCUACGAGAAUUCUGUGGACAACCGCAUGAAUCCAUCCAUCAAAGCUUUUACUUAACCGGAAAAUAAGAACCUCUCUUUUUCAAUGGUGAUCUGGCCAAGAAGGUAGAGCAUACAUGUCAUAACAACAACAAUACAAUGUAUACAUAAAAGUAUACAGUAGAAAGAGACCAACAAGGCCAGCUUGAGUCGGCUGAAGGUCAUUCUAGGACCAAGGGGCAAAGUCCGAUAAACUUCUCUUUAGCUGAGAUUCGCGGAAUUUUGAAUCAUCACGAACUUGGGACAUAUAUGUAACAUGGAAGGAUAUCAAGAACAGCUUUAGAUAUAAAAGAAUACCAGUGCUGCAGCCUGUGUGUUGCAAGUGAGGACAAACCAUAGAAGGAGUCAUGAGCACUGAUGUGUCCUUUAUGCAGAGUUUUUAAUAAAUCUCAGCUGCAUCGUAGAGCGGUUCGUGUUUAGUUAGGGCAGUGGAACAACCAAAUGUUUCUCCCAUAAUGUAAUUGUGACAGAAAUAGGGCCAUAACCAGCCGUUUGUGGGAAAGCGAAAAGCAUGAUUCCUUGACAAUCAAGGAGACAAAUUCCUGCCAUACUUGGUAAAUAAAGGCGAUUCUGAUUCGGAUAAUUUUAUAGCGAUAAAAGAAACGUAAGUUUCUUGACUAAUGCAUUUAAUGUGAUAUUUAAAAUCUAGAUUUGUAUCCAGCCAGAUACCGAGGUAAUUAUACGCCUCAACAAGCUAAAUUUACCUAAUGCGUCACACAGUCUGGGUUUAUUCCCAUCAAGUCAUAAUCCAUCAGUUUUUAUAUGACUGCUUCCAGUGGUGUGACUUUAAAAUAAGAGUGUCUGGAAGUUCACCAGACUUGAUAGCAACAUAAUAUAAACUUCCCAAGGUCAAUCAAUAUAGGCUUUUUUAUCGCUAAGUGCCCAAACAAAGGAUAUUGAGUGUAUGGGUGACAUUGCAACAUUUAAUAAGGCAUGCCUAAAGCCUCAUGUUGGAGACAAGCUUAUUUUCCUUGCCAAGUUUAUUAAAACCAGGCAAACUACCUAGCAUGUACCCAGAUACUGAAUGCCGAAUUUUGUUUACAUAUUCUGGGACAAAAGUUAAUUUAGGUUGGAACAUGGGAGGGACUCAACACAGCAAUUAGGGAUUGAAGCUAUUCACCAUGAUGCCAGGGGUGGGGAUAAAAGUAAACGGUUCAAACAGAGCGACAUGUUGGAUUUACUCUUUGAAGGCAACCAGCUAUCGAGGCCUCUCUAAAGAUUUGGAGCUCUCGCCCUUCUUGUGAUCACAGUGUAUCAUGAUUUGUUUCCGAAUGGAUUCGACGCACUUACUGUUGUACGAGUAUACCUGUUAUCUGCUUCAUGCGGCUGUCCACAGAAUUCUCCGCGGCAGGAAUUACCUGCCACCACUUUAUUUACAAUUUGCUUUUGAAAAAUAUUGUACACAUUUAUUCACAUGGUAAAAAUAAAUGUUAGUCGUAUUGGCAAUAAUAUUCAUCUGUUUUUUGUCUUGUUAAAAAUUUACCCGUAGGUGCGAAUGGUUGUUUGUUUCUAUGUGCCCUGCGAUUGGCUGGCAACCACUUCAGGGAGUAGCCCACCUCCUGUCCGCAGUUAGCUGGAAUAAGCCGCAGCAUACCCACGACCUUCGUGAGGUUAGCUGUGUAGAAAAUUGAUGGAUGGAUAAAAAUCUAGAAUUGUUUUAACUGCUGCUGACCGUGAUGGUAAAGGGCAGAGCAUUAUUUGAAAUUCUGCCCCCAGUGGCUAACAGAAAUGUUGCAAGUGACACACGUGAUGUCAAUGGCACUAAAAUUGUUCCCACGCCAUUGUUUUCUUACCACCACCCUAAUGAAGGCUGGUGGGUCGAUUUCGGUGGGUGUUUUUUCAUGUUUUGAGCCCUAUAAAUGAUGGCUUUUACAUUUACAGUAUCCAACUGAAUGGGAGGACCUGGAAUUCUUUCCGACAUCUUAUUGUUGACUAUUUAAACCCUUCCAAGAGCUCCAGCUCCCCUUUGGUUGCUGCUACUAAACGGCCGACGAGACAGACGACAUCACCUGCUACAACAACAGAUAUAUUGAUGAUCUUCUAUCAGAUGUCAGUUAAAACUCUGUGUUCUUGCUUCGAUCCCUGAAUGGUUGAAGAUGGCAACCUGACGACCUUUGACUUACCCAGAUCAAUAGGAUUAACUUUUUCAGAAACUACACUAAAUAUGAGCGUUACCAGAAAUAACCUGUAACAAUCCAUUUUAAGUAUCUCUUGAAGUUUUGAAUACCUGAAAAUUCUCCCUGAUCCGAUGGGGAGUCACUGACUUGGCGAAGACAGUCACGUUCCUCUGAAUAUGGAACCUGAUGAGAACCUGGUGGAGAUAAUGUGACAAUGCGGCAUUAUGGAAGCGAAACAUCAUCAUUCACACAAUAAAACAUUUGUUUUCAGCAUUGCCG